GUAGCGGGUAGCUUCGCCCACCAGCAACCAAACAGAUCAGCAAAAGAGGCCUCCUCGGCUCGGUUCCAGUUCCACCCACUCUCACAGUUCUUAUCACCUACUACUCCACCUCUUCCUCCACUCUCCAGUCUCCAGGUUGUCUUCGUUGUCUGGUCUUGGGGCUCAUGGAAGAGCCGAGGAGGCCUCGAUUCUUCAAGGUCCUCGUUGUCGACUUCGCGCGACGAAUAGAGAUACCUCAAGGCUUCCUCUGCCAUUUUCCAGAGGGGAGAGACAGGAAGCCCGGCACCACAGCGGUGGCGUCUGCUAAAGUCGUCCUCACCAAUGCCGAGGGUAGUAGUAUCUGGCCGGUUGCGCUAGAGUCGACCGACGGCCGCGUGUUUCUCACCACGGGGUGGCCAAAGUUCGUGGAGGACAACCGUUUGGGGAAGGGCGAGAUCCUUAUCUUCAAGUACCACGGGAGAAUGCGUUUCGUGGUCUCGAUUUUUGGCGUGGAUGCCGUCGAGAAGGCAGGUCGCUGGUCUGCAAGGAGUGGCGCCCAGGCCGCGGAGAAGACAGGUACCAUGCAACGAAACACUAAAGGGGAUGAACACAUUUCAUCCCAGGGCACAGCUGGUUUCCUUGACUCACAUGAAGUAGUUUGCUCCAAAGAUUACUUGGAGACGUACUUGUCAGAGGAGACAAUGGAGGAUGAUAAGGCUAAAGCAGUAGCGGAAGUAAUGAAGACUUUGCGUGUUGACAAAUUGACAGUAGACUUAUUCUGUGCUAUACUCUGUUUGUGUGAAUGGAAAGUCGAGGCAGCUGCAGAAUAUUUUAAUUUUUGUAGGGGCAAACCACAAAUCCCGGAAAAAUCUCUGAAGCAGAAAUUUGUUUUUCAGUGUAAGUUUUUUUAUUACUUCGUGGUCUUUCAUUUUUGCAUUGUAACACGGCUAUCCUGUUUGUCUCCAGUUGACUUUGUAAAGGGACAACUACAACGCUUCUUCCCUGAAGAUUAUGAUUCUGAGAAAAUCAAGAAGAACAAUAUUGAGUCACCUAAUUUGUCUGAUCAACCACUACAACGUGACCUUAUAGUGGCGCCGGUGAAACGAAGGCUAGUUGAUGAAUUUAAAUCUUGUGACUUGUCUCACCGACAGAAGAGAAAAGUUAAGUUGCAGGGAAACUCACUGCAAACUCAGACACCAAGAAGAUCACCACGAUUGGUAAACGUGAACAAUACUUGUAAUAAGAACAAAAAAGUGUCGAAAGGAAGAGCCAAAGUGCUGAAAACACCACCAGAUGCAACAGAUCAGGUGAAGGAUAGAGCACAUAAAUCAUGUUUGCUUGAUGAGAAACUAGAUAAUGCCUUGAAAGCUGUUCAUGAAGAAGCGACAGGUUCCUUAUCUCAGGAUCUCAGGAAACUGGAUUCCCCACGGUGUGAGGUUGGCUUAAGUAAAGAGCAUGGACAUGAUCAAGGAGAUACUGGAAAAAUGUUGGAUGAAGUCAGUGAUGUAGAAAACAGUAAAGAACAUGUGGGAAGCGAUGCUAUGGGGAAUUCUGAAUCAUAUAUGAGUACAUACUGUGUAGAGCCAUUGCCAACCAACUCUAGGUUGACAGCAUAUUCAAGAAUAAAUGAGCUAUCAUUUACAUGGAAGCACUCACAACAUGCCAGUUCCCUUGAGAAAGUUUUACUUGACAUUCAAAGAGAUAACUUCGUGAACACCAUUGCACGCAUCCAGAAAAUCGUCCGGGAUGAUCCUUCAGAUGUGCUUAGUGCAGAUGUAAUUGAAGCCACUGUACAGAUAGAAAUUCUUAAAUGGGGUUUAUGCCUUCAGGACAAGUGCGCCCACAAGAUAGUAAAUACAAUGUUGGAUUAUGCUAAAAAGGUCAAGGGGAGACACAAUUUCAAUACUGAGAUGAGGAAGGAAGAGUUCUCUGCAAAGCUGCAGGAUCUCCUGAAGUGGCAGCUUAAAGAACUAGAAUUUAAAUACACUUCCUUGGAAUCAGAUUACAAGAAAGCAAUGGCUGAUGCUAGCAAUUUUUUCUCGACAUUUGAAGAGCACAGGAAAAAGUUGCAUGCCAUUAAGGACGGUAUCAAGGACCUGCAGCAGGCCUGUAUGACUAAGGACGAUGAAAUGCAAAAAUUGGCACUUCAAGUCGCUGAGCAUGCGACCGCAUAUCAGAAGUCUAUAAUGGAAAAGGUUAGGGUCAAGAUGGCUCUGAAGAGCCAUGAGCAGACUCUUGGUUACAUAAAAGAGCAGCUAGCCUCUGCGGAAUCUGGAUCAAUUGAUGUAGGGGCAUUGGUUAAGAUAGAGAUGGAUAAUAUGAGUAGGGAGAUUGAACUCUCCAAGCAAAAUCUUCUAAAUAUCAACUUCAAGAAAGAGUAAAGAAGGUGUAAGUGUUUGCUUGAAAACCAGAUUAGGAAUGCUGCUUAUGUGCUAUAAUAACCUAGCUAUCAUAUCAAUUACUGCGGGAGUUUGAUUAGAUAUAGGGGGUGUUUGAAUGCACUAGAAUUAAUAGUUAGCCGCUAAAAUUAGUUGAGACAUCCAAACACCCUAGCUAAUAGUUCAACUAUUAGCUAUUUUUAGUAAAUUAGUUAAUAGUUACAUAAUUAUUUGUUAGCUAGCUAAUCCCACUAAUAAUUUUUAGCCAGCUAACUAUUAGUUUUAGUGGAUUCAAACACCCCAUAAUAGUUUACAUGACAUACAAAGGUUAUAGAAUGCCCCUUGUUGUUCAUGAGCUGCGGGUAAGAGCCACGGCCCAUGGGUAAAAGCCACUCCCAGGAACGCAAUUGACUCUACAUUCUUGAUUGUGUUUAGUCGAUGUGCCACCACAAUUGUGGUCCUCCCUGACAUUAUUCGAUCAAGAGCCUAGCAAUUGCUCUGACUGUGCAUCAAGCACACUUGUUGCUUCAUCAAGUAGUAGUAUUGAGGGAUUCCGGAUUAUUGCCCUUGCAAUUGCGAUUCUUUGCUUCUGCCCCCUGAGAGCUGUAUACCGUGCUCUCCACAAUCAGUAUUUUUUAUGGAGUCAUUACUGUAGGUGAACUAUGUACAUGUUACAUGUACAUACGGUAUAUGUUUACAGUUGUUGCAGCCAGUUCUGCACCUGUUCAGCUAGCAAUGGCUUCAAUCUAUGGCAGAUUAGUAUCAUUUCUCUCCUAAACAUGUCUUUGCACGCGGCUAUUGUUGGCGGGAUAUUUUCAAAUAUCUAGCUGUUCCGGUAUUUUCAUAUGCACCAAGUCAUGGUUAUGAUGACCUCUAUUUUCCAAGGAUUUGCCAAUUGAAGCCUCAUUCAUCGCAUCGCAAGGAGUCGAUCAGAGGUGCGGGGUGGCGUGACUCCAAUUAUCUGCCAACAUCUUCGUACGAAGCUGCACCGCAAGAACAAGUGGACAGUUUUCUCCUCCCUUUGUCGGAUGCAAUUUUCACAUGUGAACAAUUCAAGAUCCAUGUUCUUUCUCCUUAGCAGUGACCUAGUAUUCAGUCCAGCUUCCAAUAGAAGCCAGAAGAACACUUUUUGUUUUGGUUGACAUUUCGAUGCCCACAACCACAUGUAUGCGGGGUGUGCUAGCUCUUCUGCAAUCAUGUGUUUAUAUGUUUUUGUGACGAAAAUUUCAGAUUUCCCUAGAUAUAUGACCAUGUGUUAGUUUGACCAAUGGUUGGUUGUCCUUGCAAAUGGGUAAUGAGGAGUUGGUAUUGUGGGAAAGCUGUCACGGACAUGGGUGUGUAGAACAUUUGUUGAGGGUGUUCAAUAGCCUUUGCUUGUAAUAUUGUUAUUUCCUUAUGAAUGGCAUACGACAACAGUUCUGAAUA